GUUGGUAAAGUGUGUAUAUAAUAUAUAUAUAUGCAUAAGAUUGUGAGUUGUGAGAUGGUGGGUAUAUUCAUAACACCACUUAGUCCCACUGGCUAAGAUUGUGAGAUACUACUACAUUAUAUCAUCAUCAUCAUCAGAUUAAAGAUAGGAGCAAGACACCAUGUACUGUUGCUACUAGCCAAAGAACCCGCCACACUCAUACAGCUCCCUCAUGUUCGAAACCCUAGUCCUUGUCUUUUGGUAAACAACCUCUCUCUCUAUAUCUAUCUAUCUAUCUAUAGCUUUAUCUGUAUCACUCUGUGUCUGCUCUCUUCAUUUCUGUUGUUCUUUUGAGUGCAAAAGAUGGGUUUUUGCAUGAACCACUGUGACAAUGUCUCUGCUAGGCUUCUCACUCCCACCUCCAAACCCUAUAUCUCCAAAUCAGACCCUUUUCGCCUCUUUUUCUACUCCAACAAGCCUUCCAAAAACAGCAAUUCAUCUUCUUUCAAACUCCAUUCAUGGACGCCUCUCGUGCACUCGCCCAAAUUGCUGCGGAAUCGACCAAACUCCGUGCGAUGUGAGUCUGUUACCAACGAUGAUUCCACGAAUUGGGGAGGAUUUGGGAAGACAGCGACAGGUAAAAGAACAGAUAUAAAGAAGAUUUUGAUAUUAGGUGCAGGGCCUAUUGUUAUCGGUCAAGCCUGCGAGUUCGAUUACUCGGGGACUCAAGCUUGUAAGGCUCUCAAAGAAGAGGGAUAUGAGGUUGUUCUGAUUAAUUCGAAUCCCGCGACAAUUAUGACUGAUCCCGAAUUGGCAGAUAGGACUUAUAUUGCUCCAAUGACACCGGAGCUCGUUGAGCAAGUGCUCGAGCAGGAGAGACCCGAUGCUUUGCUGCCCACAAUGGGUGGGCAGACGGCUCUCAACCUCGCGGUGGCAUUGGCUGAGAGGGGGUCUCUGGAAAAAUUUGGUGUUGAAUUGAUUGGAGCAAAGUUUGAUGCAAUCAAGAAAGCAGAAGAUAGAGAUCUGUUCAAGCAAGCUAUGAAGAAUAUUGGGCUCAAGACACCACCUUCGGGCAUUGGGACGACUCUGGAGGAGUGUAUUGAAAUUGCGGAUUCAAUUGGGGAGUUCCCUUUGAUCAUAAGGCCUGCAUUCACGUUGGGCGGGACGGGAGGUGGGAUUGCUUAUAAUAUAGACGAAUUCGAGACUAUUUGUAAGUCGGGGCUUGCAGCUAGUGUGACAUCACAGGUUUUGGUAGAGAAGUCUUUGUUGGGAUGGAAAGAAUAUGAGCUUGAGGUUAUGAGAGACUUAGCUGAUAAUGUGGUUAUUAUAUGCUCAAUUGAGAAUAUUGACCCGAUGGGGGUCCAUACAGGGGAUUCCAUCACUGUGGCACCUGCUCAGACUUUGACAGAUAAGGAGUACCAGCGACUUAGGGAUUAUUCAAUUGCAAUUAUUAGGGAAAUCGGAGUUGAAUGUGGUGGUUCAAAUGUUCAGUUUGCCAUCAAUCCCAAAGAUGGGGAGGUUAUGGUAAUUGAGAUGAAUCCUAGAGUUUCGAGGUCUUCAGCUCUGGCUUCCAAGGCUACUGGUUUCCCAAUAGCAAAGAUGGCUGCCAAGUUAUCGGUUGGUUACACCUUGGAUCAAAUUCCUAAUGACAUCACAAAGAAAACACCAGCCAGUUUUGAACCUUCUAUAGAUUAUGUUGUGACGAAGAUACCCCGCUUUGCAUUUGAAAAAUUCCCAGGAUCUCAGCCAAUACUGACAACCCAGAUGAAAUCAGUUGGUGAAUCCAUGGCACUAGGCCGCACAUUCCAGGAAUCGUUUCAGAAAGCUGUUCGAUCAUUGGAAUGUGGAUUCUUUGGAUGGGGUUGUGCACAUGUCAAAGAACUAGACUGGGACUUAGAGAAAAUAAAGUACGGCCUUCGAGUCCCUAGCCCAGAUCGGAUCCAUGUUAUAUAUGCUGCAAUGAAGAGGGGUAUGAAGGUGGAUGACAUUCAUGAGGUGAGUUACAUUGACAAAUGGUUUCUCACUCAGCUAAAAGAGCUGGUGGAUGUGGAACAGUACCUCUUGGCUCGAAGUUUGUCCCAUUUGACAAAGGAUGACUUCUUUGAAGUAAAAAGGAGAGGUUUCAGUGAUAAGCAGAUAGCCUUUGCAACAAAAUCCACCGAGAAAGAAGUUCGCUCAAAACGGUUGUCAUUGGGCAUUACUCCGGCAUAUAAACGGGUUGAUACCUGUGCUGCAGAAUUUGAGGCCAAUACUCCUUAUAUGUACUCCUCCUACGAUUUCGAGUGUGAAUCAACUCCCACCCAAAGGAAGAAGGUCUUGAUUUUAGGUGGAGGACCAAAUCGGAUCGGUCAGGGGAUUGAGUUUGAUUACUGUUGCUGCCACACAUCCUUUGCUCUCCAGGAUGCAGGCUAUGAGACAAUCAUGAUGAACUCAAAUCCCGAGACAGUGUCUACCGAUUAUGAUACAAGUGAUCGUCUCUACUUCGAACCUCUGACAGUUGAAGAUGUUCUUAACAUCAUUGACUUGGAGAGACCUGAUGGCAUCAUUGUGCAGUUUGGAGGUCAAACCCCUCUGAAACUGUCUCUCCCCAUCCAGCAAUACUUAGACGAGCACAAGCCUGUUUGUGCCAGUGGGACUGGGUAUGUUCGCAUUUGGGGUACAUCACCUGAUUCCAUUGAUGCUGCUGAGGACAGAGAGAGGUUUAAUGAAAUCCUGAAGGAACUUGAAAUUGAACGGCCUAAAGGAAGCAUUGCCAAAAGUGAAGCCGAUGCUCUUUCUAUUGCAAUGGGGAUUGGAUACCCUGUCGUUGUCCGACCUUCCUACGUCCUGGGUGGCCGGGCGAUGGAGAUUGUUUAUAGCGAUGACAAGCUUGUGACGUAUCUUGAAAAUGCUGUUGAGGUGGACCCCGAGCGUCCUGUCUUGGUUGACAAAUACUUAUCUGAUGCCAUAGAGGUCGAUGUUGACGCUCUUGCCGACUCACAUGGUAAUGUGGUGAUUGGUGGGAUAAUGGAGCACAUUGAGCAGGCUGGUAUCCAUUCUGGUGACUCAGCAUGCAUUAUUCCCGCAAAAACCAUCCCCUCAUCAUGUUUGGACACAAUUAGAUCAUGGACUUCAAAGUUGGCAAAGAGGCUAAAUGUGUGCGGGCUCAUGAACUGUCAGUAUGCAAUCACAGCUUCUGGGGAUGUUUAUUUGCUUGAGGCUAACCCCCGUGCAUCCCGCACCGUCCCUUUUGUGUCUAAGGCAAUUGGACAUCCAUUGGCCAAAUAUGCUUCGCUUGUCAUGUCAGGGAAGUCACUUCAUGACCUAUCUUUCACAAAAGAGGUGAUUCCAAGACAUGUAUCAGUGAAGGAAGCCGUUCUUCCAUUUGAGAAAUUCCAAGGCUGCGAUGUGUUCUUAGGCCCGGAGAUGCGUAGUACCGGUGAGGUAAUGGGUAUUGACUAUGUGUUUGCAAUUGCAUUUGCUAAGGCUCAAAUUGCUGCUGGGCAGAAGCUACCACUUUCUGGCACUGUGUUUAUCAGCGUAAAUGACUUGACAAAGCCCCAACUUGCAACAAUUGCUCGGACCUUUUUAGGACUUGGAUUCAAAAUUGUUUCGACUUCUGGGACGGCUCAUAUUCUUGAAUUAGAAGGCAUUCCAGUAGAGCGAGUGCUGAAGAUGCAUGAAGGGCGACCACAUGCGGGUGACAUGAUUGCCAAUGGGCAGAUUCAGUUGAUGGUGAUCACAAGUUCAGGUGAUACACUUGACCAGAAAGAUGGGCGGAAGCUGAGGAGGAUGGCUCUUUCUUACAAGAUUCCAAUAAUAACCACAGUUGCUGGAGCUUUGGCUAGUGCAGAGGCAAUAAGGAGCUUGAAAUGUAGUACUCUCAAGAUGAUUGCUCUCCAGGACUUCUUUGAUACUAGGAAGGAAACAGGCAGCCAUAAGAACUUGCAGUCUGCCUCUUCCUCUCUUUGAAUUUACUUCGUAUUUUGGUAAGCACAUUUUUAAAAUUAGCUUUUCUGAGUUUUUUUUUUUUUUUUUCCACCCAUUUUAAUCAAAUUUUGUUUGGACUUUGGACAAGCUUUUCUUAGUAAUUUGUUUUAGCGAAUCUUUUGACUUCUCAUCUCUUUGUGAAGGUAUGUGUUAAUCCCAUUUUGGCUUUGCUGAAAAAUGGGUGAAAGUCAUUAUGAAUUGAGCUUAUGGACACCAAUUUCUGCAAAUGCUGCUUUGCUUUUGCUUUUGCUUUUGUAAAUUAAGAAGCUUAGUAUAAAUAUCUUAGAUGUUGAUGCAAUUACCCUCAGUUAUGGUUUUCUUGACUAUAUAUUUUCUACAAAAAGAGUCAUCUUUGAGCUGUAAGCCCGUAAUGCUUCCUUACUCAGUUACUAUGAGAAGUUCCUACUUUUGCGACAGGCCUGUUUGUUUUGAGGAUCAAAUUUAAUUUCUUAAUCAGCACAUGUUAUUAUCUUUCUUAACUUCCAAGUUUUUUGUUUUAUAUGGUGUUUCUAAUUUAUUUUCUCACAGUUUGCUGUCUCAAAAAACCCCAUUAACUCCCAUUACAAAGGGAACAAAUAUAUCAUUGAUAACUUUCAAACUCCCCCUGUUUCUCUUGUUUAUACAUAAGAAAUUGCUAGUAUAAUUUAAUACAUAUUCCUGGCAAGAACUUGGUAAUCAAGGGUCAAAACUUGGUUAGUGGACUAGGUAGACUGAAGAGUCAGUUCAUGAGUGUUUAGUUGUGGGAAAAAGAGAAUGACAAAGGGAGUUCUAAACUAGGGCCAGUUUUACCACUUAAGAUAAGUUCUGUUGAAGAUAAGUUCUAUUUGGAAGGUUAAAUAUUUUCUUAGCUGAUUGCAUGGAUACGUGCUUAAUGUUGAAACAGUAAAAAAAAUUCUCUCUCCCUUUCUUUCCCUUAUGCUCCGUUCGGUAGGAAGGAAGAAAAUUGGAUGGAAGGGAGAGAAGAAAGAAAGGAUAAGACGUCCCUAGGGAAGAGAUUACGAACUUCCCUCGUUUUGUUCAGUUGGGUGGAAAAGAAGAGAAUAAGCCGACAAUUUACUUUGUUCGUUAAGACAGAAUGAAAAAAAAAAAAAAUUAAAUUAUUUUUACCAUUAUACCUUUACUAUUUUUACUACUCAUUUGAACCUUUAUUAUGCAUUCCAUUAAUUUCAAAUUUGUUGUUGGUCUUUUAUAUAUAUAUAUAUAGUAGAGUCAUAUUUCAUCAUUAAAAAAAGAAAAAGAAAAAAUAA